AGAGAAUUCUCCUGCCUGACGCAGCCUUCGUACUGGGACAUUGGCUCUUCCUGGUUCUGCAGCGGCUUCUGGCCUUCUGACUCAAACUGGGAUAUCAGCUCUGCAGAUUUUGAACUUUCCAGCCUCAAUAGUCGUGGACAGAGGUCUUGCAGAUGGCCCCGCUACCGGGGGCAGAGCUGGUCCAGAGGCCGCUGCAGCUCUACCGAUACCUGCUGCGCUGUUGCCGGCAGCUGCCAACCAAGGGCAUCCAGGAGCAUUAUAAGCAUGCUGUCAGGCAGAGUUUCCAAGUUCAUUCGGAUGAAGACAACCCUGAGAGGAUCCAGCAGAUUAUUAAACGAGCCAUUGAAGACGCUGACUGGAUCCAGCAGAUUAUUAAACGAGCCAUUGAAGACGCUGACUGGAUCCUGAACAAAUAUAAAAAACAAAACUGAGACUCCAGGACGUGGUGAGCGCAGCUGCCUUGGAGACACUGCUAUUGAGGCCCUCGCUUCUCCUGGCACUAAUCGGCAGCGGCAGCAGUUUUGGAAUAUCCACUAGCCUCGUUGGCUGGGAGCAGGAAAUCAGGGGUAGGAGAAGCUGAUAUUUGCUCAGACGGAUCUUCUUGCCAUGUUUGUGUCUCCAGUGUCUCCUUUAUGUUUGCUUUUCCAGCGGGUUAUGAUGUGAGAUUUGGGGAGAAUGUGUUUUCUCACUUUGCACUGAAAGUGAUUCAUUUACUCUGGGCAUCAUUCUUUGAGACCCAGAGCCGGUGUGCCCUCAUAUCGCUGCCUGUACAGAGGACAGGGCAUGGGUUUAAGAACCAGACAGAUCUGGAUUUGAAUCUCAGCUCAGCAGCUUUUCAAGGGUGUUGGCUUCAAGUCCAGUUUCCUCCUUCAUUAGGAUUAGAUAAGAUGAAAUGAAAGAGCCUGACGUAGGACGUGGUAUGCGGUGGGGCCAGUAAACAUCCCUCUGAGGGAGCCGUCCUCUGCCGCUCCCGAGGUGCUCACACAUCUCUCUAGCUCCCUGCAUAUCAGGUCUUAGUUCCUUGUGGGCUGGUGCCAUCCCUGCCUGUCACCCCAGGGCCCCGAGCCCCGUAGUUGCACUGUGCCCGGCGGUCCGCCCUGCAGCUGCUCUUCCUGACACCGGCCCAGAGAGGCAGAAACCCUGGUCCUUGCCAUCUUGGGGUUUAUUGUGUCCCAGAGUGGCAAAACAAAGAACGCCAGAGCAGCUGCAGUAGACGCUGGCGCGUCCAGGCUGUGUGAACCUGUGAUCUGUUUUGACCGGCCCUUGCCUACUUCACUCCAUCUUAGCAGGAAAGCAGGGAGGAGCAAGCCAGCAGUCAUGGGGUUAUCGUGAGCCUGAAAUCGGUGGAGAAUGCAGACCUGGGUCACGUCCCAACUCCACACAAGUUACUCUUGGGUGACUUACCUCCUCUCCUUCAGCUUCGGUUUCCCCGUCUGUCCAGCGGAGUAAUGACCGUACCUACCACACGGGGCCAUGGUGAGGAGUCAUGAGCCCUAAUGUACACCAAGUGCUUCACCCGGAACCCGGCCUGGGGAGCCAGGGAGAAGGGAGCUCAGAGAGGUUGAGCCCCUUUUCAAGGUCACAAAACUGCUAAGCCAGGUCUGUGAAUGUACCAAACACUAUAGAUUUAGGAGGGAAAGGAGAGCAGCCG